UGGCCUGGGGUCUGAGACUGGGAGUGUCUGUGGUAAUGUUGCGAUACAGCUCGCGGCGGCUUGGGUGUCUGCGCCCCGCUCUCCGGUUCCUGACUCGGACCGACCACCGGAGCGUCACUUUCUGCAUCGACCCUUCCUUGGGACUAAAUGAGGAACAGAAAGGAUUUCAGAAAGUGGCCUUUGACUUUGCUGUUCGGGAAAUGGCUCCCAAUAUGGCAGAGUGGGAUCAGAAGGAGCUGUUCCCUGUGGAUGUGAUGCGGAAGGCAGCACAGCUGGGUUUUGGGGGGGUCUACGUACGAACAGAUGUGGGUGGGUCUGGACUGUCUCGCCUUGAUACUUCCAUCAUCUUUGAAGCCUUGGCCACAGGCUGCACCAGCACCACUGCCUAUAUAAGCAUCCACAACAUGUGUGCCUGGAUGAUUGAUAGCUUUGGAAAUGAGGAACAGAGGCACAAAUUUUGCCCGCCGCUCUGUACCAUGGAGAAGUUUGCCUCCUACUGCCUCACUGAACCAGGAAGUGGGAGUGAUGCUGCAUCUCUUCUGACCUCAGCUAAACGACAAGGAGAUCAUUAUAUCCUCAAUGGUUCCAAGGCCUUCAUCAGUGGGGGUGGUGAGUCAGACAUCUAUGUGGUAAUGUGCCGAACUGGAGGAUCAGGCCCCAAGGGUAUCUCCUGCAUAGUUGUUGAGAAGGGAACCCCUGGCCUCAGCUUUGGCAAGAAGGAGAAGAAGGUGGGGUGGAAUUCGCAGCCAACUCGAGCAGUGAUCUUUGAAGACUGUGCUGUCCCAGUGGCCAAUAGGAUUGGGAGCGAGGGGCAGGGCUUUCUCAUCGCCAUGAAAGGACUGAACGGCGGGAGGAUCAACGUUGCAUCCUGUUCUCUGGGGGCUGCUCAUGCUUCAAUUAUCCUUACCCAAGAGCACCUCAAGGUCCGGAAGCAGUUUGGAGCACCUCUAGCCAGAUGCCAGUACCUGCAGUUCCAGUUGGCAGACAUGGCCACCAAGCUGGUUGCCUCCCGGCUGAUGAUCCGCACUGCAGCAGUGGCUUUGCAGGAGGAGCGGGAGGAUGCAGUGGUCCUGUGUUCUAUGGCCAAGCUCUUUGCUACAGAGGAAUGCUUUAAUAUCUGCAACCAGGCUUUGCAGAUGCAUGGGGGAUAUGGCUACCUGAAGGAUUAUGCUGUUCAACAGUAUAUGCGGGACUCCAGGGUCCACCAAAUCCUGGAAGGUAGCAAUGAAGUAAUGAGGAUGCUGAUCUCUCGAAGCCUGCUUCAGGACUAGCUCCCACACUGGAGAGUCUAGCCUAGAGUUCCAUGUACAGCUGUAAUCAGUGUGGAUUGCUCAUACGGGCUGUUCAGUUGCAAAUGGAUCAUGAAGUAGACUGAAGGGCUGAGCUCUUCAGAUGGAGACUCUGAGCUGUAGUGCUGGCUCUAAGGCAGGAACAGGGUUCUUAGCAGAGCUAGAUGGACUGCCCUGAGGAGCCAAAAGAAGACCUGCACACUGUUUUCCUCAUUCUGGAAGGACAAAGUCAAAGAUGUGGCUUGGACCCACACUACAUGCAUUUUGUUGAUUCUUGUCCUAGGGCCUAGGUACUUAAAUAAAGUUUUUCCUGAUUAUAGCAGUAAAGUAUUGAGGAGGGCAAGGACAGUGGACAGCCCUGCCCCUUUCUAUUCUCUGUUCUGCACUAGUGGUGUCUCAGGACAGUACUCCUCAACUCAGAUCAUGAUGAAGUGACUCUUCAGGAACCUACUGCUAAGCUAUGAAUUAGGGUUCACCUUCACUCCUGCAACCAUGAAAUAAAUGUCAAGGGCUGAGGUUA